AUGAGUAACGCCGGAGGUCUGCAGGACGAUGUCCUGGCCAAGGCCCACGUUCCCGCGGCCGCCGCCCAGGGCACUGAAAAGGAGAUUCGCGGCUCUUUCGACGUUACUGCUGCCGCUGCCCCCUCUGCCGCUGACGACCAGUACUACGACUCCAAGUCCGACGACGAGUACCCGGACAAGCCUACGGAAGAGGAGCUCAACACCCUCCGCCGUGUCUCGGGCCCCAUCCACUGGGGUAUCUACACCAUUGCCUUUGCUGAGCUUUGCGAGCGUUUCUCCUACUAUGGCUCCUCCGUCCUCUACACCAACUUCGUCAUGCGCCCCCUUCCGGAGGGCUCGACGACUGGUGCUACCUACGGCCGCGACGUUCCUGCCGGUGCGCUGGGUAUGGGCCAAAGAGCCUCCCAGGGUAUUUCUUUGGUGAACCAGUUCUGGGCUUACCUGGUCCCCCUCUUCGGUGGCUGGCUGGCCGACUCUAAGCUUGGUCGCUACAAGGUCAUUCACAUCGCCAUUGCUGUCUCGACCAUUGCCCACAUCAUUCUCGUCAUUUCCGCCGCCCCUAGCGUCCUCUCCCAGGGCAAGGUCGCCUUUGCCCCCUUCUUCAUCGGUCUCUUCACACUGUGCUGCGGUACCGGUCUCUUCAAGGCCAACAUCUCUCCCCUGCUUGCUGAGCAGAACAAGGACACCCGCAUGCGCGUCGAGGUCCAGAAGGGCGAGCGCGUCAUCGUUGACCCCGCCGUCACCAACAGCCGUAUCUUCCUGUGGUUCUACUUCGCCAUCAACUGUGGUGCUGUCAGUGGCCAGAUCUCCAUGGUCUUCGUCGAGAAGUACCACAGCUUCUGGCUGGCAUUCCUUCUGCCCACCAUCCUCUUCAUCAUCUGCCCUGUCGUCCUCUUCAUGAACAAGAAGAACUACCACCUCACUCCCCCCACCGGCUCCGUUCUCGAGAAGUUCUUCCAGAUGUCCGGUUUCGCUGCCAAGCGCUCCGGUGGUAUCACCAAGCUGAACUGGGAGAACGCCAAGCCCAGCAACGUCCCCGUUGCUGAGCGCCCUGGCUGGUUGACUUAUGACGACGCCUGGGUUGACGAAGUUCGCCGUGGUCUGAUGGCCUGCAAGGUCUUCCUUUUCCUGCCUGUCUUCUUCCUCGCCUACAACCAGAUGACCAACAACCUGACCUCGCAGGCUGGUUCCAUGAUUCUCGGUGGUGCCCCCAACGACGUUAUCCAGAACCUGAACCCUCUGUCUAUCAUCAUUAUGAUUCCUAUCCUGGACCACUUGAUCUACCCGGGUUUCCGCAAGAUGGGCUUCAACUUCACCCCCAUCAAGCGUAUGACCACUGGUUUCUUCUUUGCCGCCGCCUCCAUGGUUGCUGCUGCUGUCAUGCAGCACUACAUCUACAAGAUGUCUCCCUGCAACGAAUACGCCACCCUCUGCGAAGAACCUGCCCCGAUCAACGUUUGGGCUCAGUGUCUCCCCUACGUCCUCAUUGGUCUUGCCGAGAUCUUCACCAAUGUCACCUCGUACGAGUACGCCUUCUCCAAGGCCCCUGAGAACAUGAAGUCCCUCGUCAUGUCCGUCAACCUGUUCAUGAGUGCUGUCUCUGCCGCUAUCGGCCAGGCGUUCACCCCUCUCUCUGAGGACCCUCUCCUGGUUUGGAACUACGGUUCCGUUGCCAUCAUUGCCUUGGUUGGUGGUAUUGCUUUCUGGUUCUGCUUCAACCACCUGGACGCUGAGGAGGAUGAGCUCAACUUGCUCAAGAAGACCAAGUUCCUUGGCUCCAACCAGCCCACUGCUGCUUCUGCUCAGGGAGACGCCAACGCCACUCAGGUUGCUGAGAAGGUCUAA